CAAAAUCUGCCAGACCCCCGGCUCCAUCUCUCUCUCUUGAAACUUCUCAUCAGCUUCACCAAUGGCGAAUUUGGAAGCAACCUAUAAAGAUUCGACGGCUCAAAAUCACUCAACUCUUACGAAUUCAGGUGGUGGAGUGUGUAUGAUGAGAACCACAUGGAGAGAUGAACAACACCCAUCCUUUAUCGAUUUUAUCUCCUCCUUCCUCAGUGCUAACUCUAUCCGUCUUAACUUCGUCCCCAUUGCCCCGGACUUUAUUUUCAAUUGUGGAGGCGUUUCCGUGGCAUUCAUAUUUCUCACGAACUUGGAUUCCAAAUACCUUUCACUAAUGUUCAACAGAGUUCAGAAACUGAAGGGGCAAUUUGCAAAUCUCUAUGUUGUUAUCAUCCUCCCAACCAAGGAACAAAAUGAUUUGUUUGCUCGCUCUUACUUCGAAUAUGGGAUGGAGCUUGGUAAGCCAACCUUUGUGCCAGUACAAGACCUAGAGAUGGGCUUUGAGAAGAUUGUCAAGAUAGCUCACUCCCGCGGAGUAUGCAAACGACAGGAUGCCGUAACAAGAUUAAAAGUUGAGAGGAAAUAUUCUGUGCAGCGGAUGGACUUAUUUCUGAAAGUGGUCACAUCCAUACCAGGCCUUGACAAUCAUGAUGCAAAUGCGCUUAAUCAAGCAAUUGGCUCGGUUGAAGCAAUUGCCAAGGCAUCGAAGGCGUACAUUCUGGAAAACACAGACCUUUCAGCUGACAAGGCAGAAAUAAUUUCUAGGUUUUUCAGGGAUCCGAAGUUUUACCUUAGCCCCAAGAUCAAUAGAUCAGAGAAACAGUUGAUUUAAAUGAAAUCCUGAAAUAUUUUGUUAAGCAGACCCGAGGUGAUAUCCUUUAACCAAGCAUUGCACACUAAGGUGUGUUAUAAAAGCCUUUCCAACUUAAAAUUCUAGUGAGUACACUAAGGAAUGUCAGGAUAAGAUUGAUUAGA